GAAAAGAUGGACACGCAGCGGGACGUUCGAACUUCCAAACGAAACGGCGGCGCCUGGUCGUUGCUGUCGGUCGGUUCCUCCACGGCCAUGGAGGUGAAACGCAAGAAGAUCCGGCAGAGCUCGUUAUUCCUCCAGACAGAGAACAAUAACUUACAAGAAAAGCUGGACUUUGAGGUGCGGAUGCGUGAAGGGGCCUACAAGCUGCUGCUGGCCUGCAGCAAGAGAGAGCAGGUCCUUAACGCCUCCAAGAACCUACUGACCUGCAACGCCAGGAUCAAGGCUUAUUUCACUCAGCUGCAGAAGAAAAAAGAGGAGCAAGACAUGAUGGUCAGGGGACUUUCCGAUCCAGUCUCAGAUGACCGUGUGCCCUGUAGUGGCACAAUUGCAAUGUCUGGGCUGCGUAUUCCCCUGAUGUGGAGCGAUUCACAUCACUUCAACAACAGAGGGAGCUCUCGUCGAGUGGCCUUGUUCUGUGUGAUGCAGCUCGGCUCCGAGGUGUUUGACACAGACAUGGUGGUGGUGGACAGGUCCGUCACUGACGUCUGCUUCGAGGGAGUCACCAUCUUUCCAGAAGCAGUUCCUCAGUUUGAGCUGAAGGUGGAGCUGUGGAGUUGUGCCCUGGAGGAAGAGCUCACGAUGGUGAACACGCCAAAGAAGUUUGCCAAGAAGCUCCGUAGCUCCUUUGGAAAAACUGCGGGGAAGAAGCUCUGCCCCCUGGUGGAGUCUCCGGACCCUGACACCUUCCUGCAGCACAACCCCAUUCCCUCAGGAGCCAAGUACAGCCUGCUGGCCCACACCACUCUGCGUCUGCCCGAGGCUGAAGGCAGCUUCCAGUCUCACUCCCUCAUUGUCCUCCAAGACGCCGAGUGGUCAUCGUGGCUCCCACUGUACGGCAACCUCUGCUGCCGGUUGGUGGCCCAGCCGACCUGUAUGACACAGACCAUGAUGAGCGGCUACCUGAGUCAGAAGCAAAGUGUGGAGGGACUGAACCGCUGCUGCAGUCUGUACUGUGUCCUGAGCGCUGGCUGUUUGUCCUGCUACUUCACCCCCGAGGAGAUCGACGCGAAAGUUCCUCCCACGCUCAACAUAGCCAUCAAUAGGGACACAAGGAUCCGUGUGAUGGAGAAGGAGUCGGCAGGCAGAAAAUCCAGGAGUAUGUCAGUCAUCAACCCUUCACCAGAGGGAUAUGAGACCGUCGUCUUUACCACUGACACCAGGGAGGAACUGGACGACUGGCUGGACGCCCUCCACCAGCACCUCUAUGACCAGAGCCGGUGGCUGCACUGCUGUGACCGGCUAAUGAAGAUCGAGGUCGCGUCACCACGGAAACCAUCACUCUUCCUCACCAAGCAGGCGGACUCUGUUUACAACGACCUCAGUAUAAAUUCCCCUGGCAAGUUUGAGAGCAUCACAGAUAUUAUCCACAACAAGAUCGAGGAGACAGAUGGCCACUAUCUGAUUGGUCAUGAGGAGGAGAGGGAUGUCCCCAACUGGUCCACUCUGUUCGAGGGAUCUCAGUCAGUGGUGGUGCAGAAGAGUCUUCUGUCCCAGAGCAAAACCUCCACCCCCUGUUCAAGCCCAAACCACAACUCCAGCUCUACACCCGGCAGCAACAAGAAGCGGCGCGCCCCGCCCCCUCCUGCUUACAAGGAACCGUAUGCUCCUCCCACCCGUCCUACCAGACCUCCCAUUCCUGCCUCUCUUCAUCAUCCUCAUCCUCCUCCUCCAUACCAUGAGAAGGAGAACUCCAGCACUUACGCCUCUCAGCCGGCCACGAGAUCCAAAACUACCAGACCUCCCCUUCCUGCCCCCCUUCAUCAUCCUCCUCCUCCUCUUCCAUACCAUGAGAAGGAGAACUCCAGCACUUACACCUCUCAGCCGGCCACGAGAUCCAAAACUGGCAGACCGUCACUGGACGCCAAGUUUUCUGCCAUCAUCCAGCAGCUCCAACGGAACAACGCAGGAGGAGCCGGGGCCCUCAGCCGGAAAAAUGCUCCACUGGGUGUCCUCGAUGUUCAACAGCAAGGUCAGGCUCAGGGCCCUGUCCAGCAGCUGGAGUACCAGAGCCUCCACAGCCAGAACCCUGAAACCACAGCUGAGCCCGGUUUCGUCAGAGCCGGUCACGGCCCCGCUCCGGCACCGAGGGGCAAACUAAGGAAGUCUUUCAGAGAGAGGAUGAACCUUAAAGCCCUGUGACAUUGACCUCCGACCAAAUCCGGAUAUAACCGACUAGCGCUACCUUACAACUAAUACACAUAUCUAUAACAACUGACUGUUGUUAGUUCUUCUAAUGAGCUGGGGACCAUUGAAGAAAUGGGAUAUCUGAAUAUAUUUGACUGAAACUUUAUAGAGAUACUGUGAUGAUAUUAUUGGCAUUACUAUUUGUGCGUUACUUAAAUACUGACAGAAUAGUUGAUCAUUUUGGGGGGAAUAUGCUUAUUUCCUUUAUUGCCACGAGUUUUCAAAGUUGAUCAAAACCAAACUGUACACUAAAUAUAAAACUGGAGCCACGAGAAGGAGAGCUUGACUUAGCAUAACAAUCAGAUAGAGCUGAUAUAAAAAUCACCUCCAAAGCUCACAAAUUAACAUGUAACCUCUUGUUUAUUUAAUCCUUAUUGAAAACAGACCAAGUUACAGUUUUGUGGGAGAUUAGGUGCCAGACUCUCUCUUGGCUGAGAGUGGUUCAGCCUUGUCAUCACCAGGAAACUCAAACUGUCUAACACAUUCCAGCAAGUCACCGUUCUCUGCCAAGAACAGUACUGUAUAUAAAUGCCUUAAAACCACAGCCGAUAGCUUUAACACUUUGUUUUUUGUUAAGAUUAAACCAACAAGAUAUCACUUGUUAAACAAUGAGCUUCAGAGUAGCUGGAAGGUGGAUUGGAUACUUUUGAACGUCUUUGUGCUAAAGUAAACGUUCCAGCGUCAUAUCGGAGUGAAUCAGCUUAUUUCCCAAACAGUCAAACUACUGCUAUAACCUAAAGGGAGGUGGGGGGGGGGGGGGUGACGUCCCCACCACGUCCAUCACGACAACACAAAUCCCAGUGGACGCCUCAUAUCGCAAUAUCGAUUAUUGUAUCGGUACAGCUCCUCUCUCCGUUUAUACACUUUCUCAUGUGCAGCUUAACCCCCACAGAUAAAAUUGGAAGCCGUGUGUUGGCUUGAGCUCCGGCAUCAUCAAUCCCACUAAAAUGGAAAAGGCUUAUUUCUCAGCUCCGCCACUGGAACACGGGCCCAAGAAAGAGUAUUUGCAAAAGCACUCAAAUUGGAAUUGAUCCACUGGCCAACUGUGGAGGAGUCAUUCCUUUUGGAACUAUUGACUUAUUCCACUUACUGUGACGACUUUAUGACCACUAUAGCCCAUUUCAAGGGAACAGGAUUUUAGGAGCAAUUGCAAGCACUAAUGUGAGCUCUCCAUUUCCCAGAGGUCUUAAUAAUGGAGUGACCUUGGUUUUCAGUAGCCACACAGUGUGUCCAACGUAAUUUAACACCGCCGCCAAAAAAAUGCUCUGAACUUAAUCGGGCAAAUUAGUAUUUUUGAGUGGCUGAAAAUAACGAACGCCCUUGUGUCUUUUUUUUCAUAUCCAGAACUGCCUGCCGAUAAAUAUUUGAAGCACUUAAAUUAUCAUGUGUUGAAGAAUUGGCUUCAUAAUUAAAUGCAGUGUACAAAACAUUCGCUUUAGCUACUUUCUCUUGAAAUUGCCUGGCCAGAUAGAGCAGCGUGAUGAAUGCUACAGUCUACAGUUUUUUAUCUCACCCUCUAAAUUCUGUUUAAUCAAAAGGGAGAGAUGCAAAUCUGGGUAGAGGCAGAUUACAGGAGGAUUUAGUUUAAGCCUUGAAAGAAUAGAGAAUGGAUUGUGCAAAAGGGGACGCAGCUCAAUAUUAGAGGUGCCUUUAAAUGUCUCCUGUGCUUGGUUAGUCACUUCAAUGCUAAACUCUUUAUACCUGGAUAAAUCAGAGGGAAAUUGCAGAUAAAUCCUCACAGCUUUUGUUUUUUACUGAUGCGGUUAUGGCUGAAAUCAUCACAAUAAUUAUAUUAGAUAACCUGCAUCUCAGCUUUACUUAGAAUAAAGCCAGAGGAAAAUGAAUAUACAUUCCAUGUUAGUAUUACUGACUCUUACUGUGAAAACAGAAUGUACCUGUGAUUUAACAAGGUCGGAACAUUCUCACUUUAAUCCUGAGCUAAACUAAUGAGCUAAAUUUAUAUGCAUGUUUUAAAAGUCUUUUCAUUUCUUAAUUACACAUCAACAAUAGCAGCCAUUAGCAUUGUUUAUGUUUUACAAUUCCUUCUUUAUAGGAUAAUAGAUCCCUGUCAUCUCAAAUUGACUUUUAAGCACAUUCAUUAUUUAGACUUUUAGUGGAUCGGUUCUUAUGUACUAGAGAAGCAGUGAUGUAUAUUAACCUUGUCUCUCUCUUGCAGUGUAAUUUGUGACUAGUGCAAUGUUAAGUACUGUAGUUAAUUGUCCUUCCUCAAAAGGUGCAAUUUUCUCUUCUCUCUGUUCACACUUGUCUCGGAACCCUAACUGUAUUUUUCUUGAAUAUUGCUGAUCUGCAAUAAAAAAGCCGACAUUC